AUCGGACCGCCAUUUCUUUUAUCUCCUCACCAAAACCCUAGAUCUCUUCGCCGUAACCCUAAUCCCUGCGAAAUUUCCACGACCUCUCUCACGAUCGAUAAAAUCCUUGAGGUCUUUUUAAUUCUAAGCAGCAGUCAAUUAAAAAACAAAGCAAACCAAUCAUGGCGUCCCGAUUUUGGACUCAGGGCGGAGACAGCGACUCCGAAGACGAGAGAACGCAGAGUGAUUCCGAUGACAACCGCAGCGAGGCAGGCCCCGAGCCGGGGGCCAACGCCAGCAAUCCAUACCUCGAGGCGAACGCCAGCGACAGCGAUGACUCCGACAACGACCACCGAGUUGUCAAAUCUGCCCGCGACAAGAGGAACGAGGAGUUGAAGUCUACCAUUGAGCAGAUGAAGAAUGCGAUGAAGAUCAAUGACUGGGUCAGCCUACAGGAGAGUUUUGAGAAGAUCAAUAAGCAGUUGGAGAAGGUGAUGAGGGUCACCGAGGCUGUUAGGGUUCCUAAUUUGUAUAUUGGUGCUCUUGUGAUGCUUGAGGAUUUCUUGGCUCAAGCACUAGCGAACAAGGAGGUGAAGAAAAAGAUGAGCAGUAGCAAUGCUAAAGCUCUCAACUCGAUGAAACAGAAACUGAAGAAAAACAAUAAGCAGUAUGAGGAGCUGAUUAUUAAGUACCGGGAAAAGCCCGAGAGUGAUGAAGAGGGUGAGGACGAGGAAGAUGAAGAGGAGGAGGACGAAGAGGAUGAAGAGGUUGAGUCUGACGAGCUUACAACUGCAACUUUUGAUGAUGGUGAGAUCAGAAGUGAGGAGGGGAAAUGGGACAUGAAGGAUAAGCCUUUGGUCAGGCAAUUCAUGAAGGAUCCAAGCGAGAUUACUUGGGAUGUCGUUGAUAAGAAGCUCAAAGAAAUUGUGGCUGCGAGGGGUAGGAAAGGGACAGGUAGAGUUGAGCAGGUUGAACAGCUAACGUUCCUUACUCGGGUUGCCAAAACACCAGCACAGAAGCUUGAAAUCCUUUUCAGUGUCAUCUCUGCUCAAUUUGAUGUGAAUCCAAGCUUGCUUGGUCACAUGCCCAUAAAUGUGUGGAAGAAGUCUGUGGCAAAUAUGCUUCUUGUCCUUGAUAUUCUUGAGCAGUAUCCUAACAUCGUGGUUGAUGAUACCGUUGAGCCUGAGGAGAAUGAGACCCAGAAGGGUGCCGACUAUAAUGGGCAAAUCCGUGUCUGGGGUAAUUUGGUUGCCUUCCUUGACCGGUUGGAUUCUGAGUUCUUCAAGAGUUUACAAUGCAUUGAUCCACACACUAGAGAUUAUAUUGAGAGGCUCAGGGAUGAACCAUUGUUCUUUGUCGUCGCCCAAAACGUUCAGGACUAUCUUGAAAGGGUCGGCGAUUUUAAGGCAGCUGCAAGGGUGGCCUUGAGAAGAGUUGAGCUCGUCUAUUAUAAGCCACAGGAAGUUUAUGAUGCAAUGAGGAAAUUGGCUGAGCAGAGGGUAGAUGGAACUGAAGGUGGAGAUGAUGUGGAUGGGGUGACAGGGGAUGAUCAGUCUGAGGAUAACAGAGGUCCUCCAGCUUUUGUUGAGAUUCCUGAGCUCGUCCCUAGGAAGCCUACGUUUCCUGAAAGCAGCAGGAUGCUAAUGGAUACAUUGGUGCCUCUCAUUUAUAGGUAUGGGGAUGAGAGAACCAAGGCAAGAGCAAUGCUUUGUGACAUAUAUCAUCACGCUAUCUUUGAUGAGUUCUCGACUGCACGCGACCUUUUGUUGAUGAGUCAUUUGCAAGAAGGGAUUCAGCACAUGGACAUAUCCUCUCAGAUUCUAUUCAACAGGGCAAUGGCACAACUUGGUUUAUGUGCCUUUAGAACGGGUCUUAUCACAGAAGCUCAUGGGUGCCUGUCUGAACUUUAUACAGGUGGUAAGGUGAAGGAGCUGCUUGCACAAGGUGUAUCUCAAAAUCGGUAUCAUGAAAAAACUCCUGAGCAGGAAAAACAAGAGAGGAGAAGACAAAUGCCAUAUCACAUGCACAUAAACCUUGAGCUCCUCGAAGCCACCCAUCUGAUAUGUGCCAUGCUCCUCGAGGUCCCAAACAUGGCAUCCCAUUCGCACGAUGCCAAGCGCAGGAUCAUCAGCAAAACCUUCCGUCGCCUUCUUGAGGUCAGCGAGCGCCAGACCUUCGUGGGCCCACCCGAGAACGUUCGGGACCACGUCAUGUCUGCAACCCGCGCCCUCGCCAAGGGCGACUACCAAAAAUCCUUUGCUGUCCUCAAAUCUCUCGACACCUGGAAGCUCCUACGCAACAAAGAUUCAGUCCUUUCAAUGCUGGAGUCAAAAAUCAAAGAAGAGGCUCUUCGAACUUACCUCUUCACAUACUCCUCUUGCUACGAAUCUUUAAGCGUGGACCAGCUUACUGCUAUGUUUGACCUCUCGGAAGCUCAAGUUCAUAGUAUGGUGAGCAAGAUGAUGAUCACCGAGGAGCUUCAUGCUAGCUGGGACCAACCGACGAAAUGCAUUGUGUUUCAUAAUGUUGAGCAUACUCGGCUUCAAGGUCUCUUGUUUCAGAUGGCAGAUAAACUUAAUAUUUUAGCUGAAAGUAAUGAGAGGGCAGCAGAGGCGAAGACUGGAGGAGGGCUUGAUGGGUUACCUCCGAGGAGGAGAGGAGAGGGUCAGGAUUAUAUGGGCACAGGAGGAGCAGCGGGGAAAUGGCAGGAGAACUUUGUUCAAUCUUCUCAAGGGAGGCAAAGCGGUCGAUUUGGUGGUAGCACGAGGUUAGGUGGAGCUGGAGGGUAUAUCGGUAAUCGCGCAGGGCAGGGGAGUAGAGGAGGAGGUUAUUCAAGCAAUAGGUAUCAGGAUGCUUAUGGCAGUUCUGGGAGGAGUCAUUAUCAGAGUGGCUCAGCGGCGAGAGCUGCACAAAUGGAUUCUUCGGGGCGUAUGGUUAGUCUCAGCAAGGGUGUCAGGAUUUAGCGCGAGGGUAUUUUGAGAAUUUUGCUCAUUUCUGAAGCAUUUGGAGAGGAUAGAAACUAGAUUUUGAGGACUCAGUUUUUAGUUAUUGUGUUGGCAUGGGAGCAAGGACUGUAGUAGCUCGCCUAUUGUUUUCUUGUGAACUUCUUAUUAUGGUACUGUUCUGGUUUUCAUUUUGUUCUGCAACUUGUUGUUUCUGGAUUACUAGCACCUGUUAUCUGUUGGAAUUACCAGUGAUUGAUGAUGCUACUGUUCUGCUUA